AUGCAUCUCAUGUAUAGUGCUGCUAAUGGGCAUUCUGAUUUCAAAAUGGCAGACGUUAAGCCAACAAAAUUAGAGAAAAAAAAGGAAAAAAAGUCAAAAAAGGAACCUGCUGCAGCUGAAGUGCCUGCAACUAAAGCAGUUAGUGCUAAACCACGUGAAUAUGUAAAACCUGGCAGAUUAUACUGUAAAGCAGUUUUUGUUGGUUACAAAAGAGGUCUUCGCAAUCAGCACGAAAAUACAUCUCUGUUGAAGAUUGAAGGAGUUGUAACAAGACGAGAGACACAUUUUUAUAUGGGGAAAAAAUGUGUUUUUGUCUACAGAGCAAAAAA